AUGCAUGUCUUAAUCAUUGGGGCUGGCGUCGGGGGCCUGAGCCUAGCGCAGAGCUUGCGAAAGCAAGGUAUUUCGUUUGAGAUAUUCGAGCGCGACACAGAUCCCGAAGCCCGCUUUCAAGGCUGGGCUAUUGCAAUGCAUUCCAUUGUUCACGAUUUAGUCGCCACGUUUCCAGACGAUAUGCCCGAUCUUAGAGAAGCCACUAACCAUCUAGCUCCUUUGACACUGCCUGCACAGCUGGCUAUGUACAUUCCUGGAAGGGAACGUCGCUUUGGAUUUCAGGACUCUAGCACGUUUCCAUUUAUCCGUUCGGAGCGUCGCCGUCUCCGAAACUGGCUGACUACAAACAUUCCUAUCCAAUGGGGCAAGAGGGUAAAGGCUAUUGAUCAAGGCAGCGAUAUUGUCACCGUCCACUUCGAAGACGGUGGCCGCGCAAAGGGCGACAUUGUGGUUGGUGCUGACGGUAUCAACAGCGUGGUACGUCACCAGCUUCUCAACCGCCCUGCGUCGGAACUGCUCAACGUGGUACCGCUGUCCACGAUUGUCGGGCAGCUGGAGCUGUCGGGUGACAACUUCAAACGCCAGUUGGCGCUCGGCCACAGCGGCUACAUGAUGAUCCGCCCUGAUCUCGGCUUCAUUGCCUUCGCCGGGCUGCACUACGUACACCCCGAUGGUCUCUCUGCUCGGUACUACUGGAACUUUAUGCAGACAGAUCACGAUGUGGACAAGCCGGACCACUGGCUGCAAAGUUCUACCCAGCAGGAGAAGUUGGACCAUGUGCUCAAGUCUAUCCAGGGACUAUCACCCAAGUUCCGUGACAUUUUCGAAAUGACGUCGGCCGAGCACAUCAAGCAGGAGACGCACGUAUGGCGUGACCUGGAGCUGGACGCGAUUCCUGCUGGCCGGGUCAUCUUAAUGGGCGACGCUGCGCACGCCAUGACACCUUUCCGCGGCGAGGGCGGAUAUCACACGCUUGUCGAUACGCUUGUGCUUGGCAAGAUGCUAGGCGAGCUGAACAACAGCGGCAAGUUCAACGACACAGAGGCUGUCAAGGAGACUGUGGGCAGCUACAACACGGCGAUGCUCAAGAGAAGCGGCCAAGCAGUGAGGGAUUCGAGGAACUUGCACGCUGAUGCGCAGCGAUUUGGGCCCGAUGGAAAGCCAUUGGUUCUUACGAUGGUAGAUUUGCCGGACAUGGAUAUUGUGCUUGGGAAGGAAGAGGGCCAAAGCAAGCCAGACACCCAAGUCAAGCCAGGGGCGAUAGCAGCGCACUGAGAGGGGUUGGUAGUUUAUCAAGUAGAC